AAACUCGAGCCUCACUAUCCCGUCGACACUGUUUUACUGUACUCAAUAUCAUUCAUCUUGCUGGAUUUUAAGAUGAAGGUCCUCAGCCUCAACUUCCUCACCUGCGCCGUCAAGGCCUGCAAGUCCUCGUCCGACUCAUACCCCCUCCAUCCCAAGGACGCCGAGCUCGUCCAGGAUGAGAUUGAGCUGAACCCCCAGAUGAUUCUCAACGUGCUGCCCCGUCUUGACUGGGCUGCGCUUCGAGUAACGGCUUCAGAGCUUGGUUUCCCUCAACUCCCUGAGCAGGUCCCCACGGCUGAGGAGCUUCAGGCGGAUGAGAAGACGCUCAAGGACCUGCACCACUUGCUCCUUGAGACACAAAUGUCUGAGGGCAAGCUUGUGUGCGGAAACUGUGGGCACGAGUACGCCGUCAAGGAGGGCAUCGCCAACUUCCUUCUGCCCAGCCACUUGGUGUAG